AUGCUAACGAACUGUCAGAUAAACAAUUUCCAGAUAACCUCACAGAUAGGUUCAGGAGCGUACGGGCUGGUAUUCCAUGCGCUGGAUAUAAUAACAGAAAAUGAAUAUGCCAUUAAAGCGGUAGUGAAGUCUAAUUCUCUUAACGACUUCGGUAAGCCCAAGACUGAUGAUAACAUUAAGAAGAGUACCGUUUUGCAGACCCAGUUGUACCACUUUUUCAAGUCAUUCCAAAACAAGUUGUUCUUGCCCACAGUGGAUUUAGAUUCCAUUCAAAGCUUAAGCAAUGCGGAACUGGCUAGAGCUCCUCAUUACAAGGAAAUCGCAUUACAUUUGAAAGUGCACUCGCAUGAAAACGUAUGCACCAUUCACCAGGUGUUGGAGUCCCCAUUAGCAACAUUCAUCGUUAUGGACUACUAUCACUUGGAUCUGUUCACUGCGAUCGUCGACAGAGAGCAUUUUACUAGCAACGGUCUCUUGAUUAAAAAGGUUUUCUUGCAAUUAUGCUCAGCCUUAGAGCACUGUCACCAUAACGGUGUUUUCCACUGCGAUAUCAAACCUGAAAACGUGCUGCUGGAUGCGAAUAAUAAUGUCCAUUUGUGUGACUUUGGUCUAUCGACUACAUGCCAAUAUCUGGCUCCAAAUGUUUGCAUCGGUUCGUCUUACUAUAUGGCACCAGAGAGGAUCCUAUACUGUAGUGGAGAAAAUGAUACUGUAACAAGCUUCCCUACAUCAACAGGUGAUGUAUGGUCCCUAGGAGUUAUACUGAUAAAUUUGUGCUGCAUUAGAAAUCCAUGGUUAAAGGCUCACCAGACCGAGGAUUCCACUUUCAACUAUUACGCCAAGAAUCCAUCCGUAUUGAAGCAAAUUUUGCCAAUUUCAGAGGAAGUUUACGAAAUAUUAAUAAAGGUGUUGCAGAUAAACCCAUACGCAAGGAUUGAUAUCAAGAGUUUAAUGAAUGAAGUGGCUAACUUGACAAGCCUUACUAAUGAAGGUCCAUUGAAGAGUGUGCCAAAAUUGGAUGAUCACCUUUACGAUACUUUUAUCACAGGCGACAGAGGGAUGUGUUUAAGGGAGAUGCUGAAGGAAGAAAAGGAAGAGGAAAGAGAAAUAGAAAUAGACGAUGAGAGUCUGAGUGAAAGCAUCCCCUGUGAAUCCGACGAAGAGUGGACUAAGAGUUUUGGUAACAGUCUGUUUAUGCAAUGGGCCGGGAAUAACCUGUCGACUCUAACGAAUUUUAGCUAUAACUGA